AGCAAAACCAGGAUCGGAUGAAGCGGAAAUAAUUUUACUCUAUUUUUCUUUAAUUCACCGUCUCGACUCUACAUGUAGACUUCGGGUGCCAGCAAGCACCACCAUGAAAACCAGACAGGGAAGUUGAGGGAUUUAGAAAUUGAAAGUGAUUUCCAUGUCAAGUUGCAGCAAGAGGUGUCUUUUACUCUUGGAGAAAUGCAAGAACAUGAAGCACAUAAAGCAAGCUCAUGCCCAAGUAAUCGCUUGUGGACUUGAAAACAAUAGCUUUGCUCUAAGCAGAGUUCUAGCAUUCUUCUCCUCAAACACACAUGACAACAGCCUCACCUACGCCUGGAAAAUUUUUGAACGCAUUCACCAACCCACUAUUUGCAUCUACAAUACCAUCAUCAAAACCUUCCUGCUCCACAAUGAACACACCAGAAUCAUAAGUAUGUUCACUGAGAUGCUACGGAAUGGCUUAAUUCCUGAUAAUUACACCAUUCCUUAUGCACUAAAGGCUUGUGCAGGCCUGAAAAGUUACCCUCUAGGACAAUCAAUUCAUGGGCAUAGCUUGAAACUUGGUUUUGCGUUUGAUCUUUUUGUGGGUAAUUCUUUGAUGGCAGUGUACUGUGUGUGUGGAGAUAUGGGAUAUGCUCGACGAGUGUUUGAUGAAAUGCCUCGCCUAAGUUCUGUGUCUUGGACUGUGAUGAUAUCAGGAUACGCAAAGGUGGGUGAUGUCGAAACAGCUAGAUUUUUCUUUGAUGAAGCAUUUGAGAAAGAUAAGGGAAUAUGGGGAGCGAUGAUUUCUGGGUAUGUGCAGAACAAUUGCUUCAAGGAAGGUCUUUACUUUUUUCGUUUGAUGCAGAAUACUGACAUAUCACCUGAUGAAUCCAUAUUUGUUAGCAUUCUUCCUGCCUGUGCUCAUCUUGGGGCUUUAGAUGUCGGCAUUUGGAUCCAUAGAUGCUUGAAUCAAACAAGGGUGCCAAUGAGCACUCGCUUGAGCACAAGUUUAUUAGACAUGUAUACCAAGUGUGGGCAUUUGGACUUAUCCAAAAGAAUAUUUGAAUCCAUGUCGCAGAGAGAUACAAUAUGCUAUAAUGCUAUGAUUUCUGGAAUGGCAAUGCAUGAUGAGGGGGAAAAUGCCCUUAAAUUGUUUUCGGAUAUGGAAAAGGCCAAGAUAAAGCCUGAUGACCUAACAUUCCUUGCUGUUUUCACAGCUUGUAGUUACGCAGGAAUGGCUCAAGAAGGCCUGAAAUUUUUGGAUAAAAUGAUUAAUAUGUACAACAUUGAUCCUAAAGUUGAACAUUAUGGUUGUCUGGUAGACUUACUUAGCAGAGCAGGAAUGUUCGAAGAAGCUAAAGGUAUGAUAAGAAGAAUAAGCCAUUGUUCAAGUAAUGGCUCUGAACAAGAAGCAAUGGCUUGGAGAGCAUUUCUGAGUGCUUGUUGCAACCAUGGAGAAGCUCAAAUGGCCAAAGCCGCAGCUGAAAGACUCUUUCUGAUAGAAAAUCACAGACCAGUUUCUGACUCACUGAUAUCAGGGCCAUCCUUGGAUCUGAAUUCGAAUACAAAUCAGAGUGAGAUCAACCAAAAAAUGUUGGAGAAUAGCAUUGGGGCGUAUGUUAUGCUUUCUAAUUUAUAUUCAGCAACUGGGAACACUAGUGAUGCCAGAAGGGUAAGGGAGAUAAUGAAGAAGAAAGGAGUACACAAAGCGCCUGGUUGCAGCUCAGUGGAGAUUGAUGGGAUUGUUAAUGAGUUUAUUGCGGGUGAGAAAACACACCCACAAAUGGAAGAGAUACAGAGAGUUUUGAAGAAAGUGCAUUUACACUUUGAUUAGGUUGAUCAGUUGCUCGAAAUUGGAAAAUUAACAUAUUAAAUUGCUUGUCCAUUACAAGUUUUGCUCUGAAUUUACUACUUGCAUAUAUUUAAUUUAGCUUGCACGAAUUAUUGAAUUCAUUUCUUAUCCACCCAAGCCAAUGCCAU